GGGGUCAUGGGCACCCCAGGACCCCCCUUGCUAUAACUCUGUUAGUGCUCUGUUGAGGUAAGAUAUUGUGGUUAUUGCAAAAAGUGUCCGGAAUUAUAAGGCCAACAUGCUGUACUUCAAUCCUCUUCAAAAAUAAUGCAGUGUGCCUUUCGCAAAAGAAAUUCUGAUCCCAAAGACCGUUGCAUGUGAAGUAAUCAACCUCUUAUCUUCAUUUUAUAUAAUUAAAAACCAAGAAUUUCAACAUGUUUGUUUCUUCAUAACCUAGAACAGAAAGAUGGAGUGGAAAACAGAAUGUGAUCUACUUCUAUUGCAAGAAAUAGUUGUGUCCGAACCUUACCAGUACAAGGCUUCAACAAGGGAGAGAGGAAAGAUAUGGGAAGAUAUCACAGAAAGGUUGAAUGCCACUGAAGCAUUUGGAAAUCGACUUGGACACAAAAGAGCUGUGAGAGACAGGUAUGCCCUGUUGGCCAAGAAAUUUAAGAAGAGAAUGGCAGAAGAGGAAAGUGCGAGUGGAAUUUCACCCGAGAUGUCAGAAACGGACAAGCUGCUUGACCAGAUUAUUGAGAGAUUUGAGGAGAGCGACAGGGAGGCUUGUGAGAAUUCAGAACAGGGCGAGAAAAAUAAAGAAAAUGACAGAAAAAAAGCAGAAGAGAUGAGGAAGCGUUCCAUGGAGAAACUUGGAGAGACCAAGAAAAGAAAGGCUGAGGACGGUGAAGUAACACCCAGAAAGAGAGCAUCAGGGUCGGAAACCCUUGUGUACUUGAGAGAAAAGGCUGAAAAGGAAUUUGACCUGAGGAAAGGAGAACUGGAAGUUAAGAAAGAUGAACAAUCUGCACAACUACAGAUGUUUCAGUUCAUGCAACAACAACUACAGCAACAGCAACAACAGCAGCAGCAGCAAAUGCAAUUACAACAGCAGCAGCAGCAGCUUCAAAAUCAACUUCUCAUGACACUUAUUGAAAAAAUUAAUAAAUAAGUGUAUAAUUUAAGACAUGGAUAAGGUUUGUUUUGGGUACACAUUUUUAUUGGUUCAUAUCAUGCAAUUGUUUUAUGAUUUGAUUGAACCACAAACAUGAAUGUCUGUUGAAAUGUGAAUCAGUUAUUUAAUUAAUAUUAAUAAUUUGAAGGUUUAAAAAGUAAUAUUGUACAAUGCUUUGAAUGUGUCUUCAUCCUCUAUUGUAACAAUUUUUUUUACGGAUUUAGACAUUAGACUGGUGUUUUCUUUAAACUUCAAAUAUUCUUUAAGAACAAGUUCACCUUCAUAAUUUUUAGUCAUUCAUACACAUAAAAGGCUUCUGAACAUUGUGAUCAUUAUUUAACACAUAUUUAUACAAUAAAAUAUAUAUUUCCUUAUAAAAACCUUCAUCAUGUUGUCAAUUAAACUUUUCCAAUAGGGGAAAAGUUAAAAAAAA